CUAAGCCAAUGACAGACGACAUUACAUUGCCACGAUUAGGAUCACUUGGGAUGUAAAUCACAAACGUCAAGCGGUUCAGUGCCUUUUGUUUUUCGGGCGAUUUUUCCCCCAUUUUUACCUCAAUUUUUUACUCCACCUGGAAGGACCGUAACCAACGGACUCUGCACAACAAGCCAGGUAGGUGCUAUCACACAAUAAAACAUGGCGAGAGGAGGAGCGGCAAACGCCUCCUACGCAGUCAACGGCACUCCAUCCAGACCGCAGCAGCAGAUGUCUUACCGGAUCGGUAUCUACGGCUGGAGGAAGCGAUGUCUGUACCUCUUCAUCCUGCUUCUCAUGGUGCUCAUCGUGAUAAACCUUGCCCUGACGAUAUGGAUCCUCAAAGUGCUCAACUUCAACAUUGAUGGCAUGGGAAAACUCCGCAUCCUGGACAAAGGACUCAGGCUGGAGGGAGAGUCUGAGUUCCUCAAACCGCUGUACGCUGCAGAGGUCCGAUCUAGAUUGGACCAACCCCUUGUGCUGGAGUCUGCCAGAAAUGUGACCAUGAAUGCCAGGAACCUGGAUGGGCAGGUCACUGGAAGACUGGUUGUAGGUGCCAAUGACGUGGUCGCCAUGAAUGACCAGUUUGAGGUGGAUGAUAACGAUGGAAAGAUGCUGUUCUAUGCUGACACCAACGAGGUGGUGGUUGGAGCGGACAGACUCAGAGUUACAGGAGAGCAAGGAGCAGUGUUUGCAGGCUCAGUGCAGACCCCACAUGUUAGAGCAGAACCAUUUGAACCCCUCAAGCUGGAGUCCACCACCAGGUCCCUGUAUGUGCAGGCUCCGGAGGGGGUAACCAUGGAGGCUGAGGGGGGCGGGUUCACCACAACCUCUCGCACUGACAUCAAACUCACGUCCAGCCAGGGAAAGAUUGUGUUGGAUGCUGGUAACAUCCACUUACAGAACAUCCCUGAGAGCGCGCCCAGCAGAUCGGGACGGCAGCUGGACAACGUCUUCGAGCUCUGCACGUGUCCCGACGGGAAACUCUUCCUCGCCGUGCCGGCGUCCGGAUGCGAAGUCAACGCGGGAAUCUGCAGCUAGUGGAAGAAACGAGACGCUUCUCAUUUAUUUACUUACAACAUUUACUUACAUCAAGUUGAAAUGACUUUGAUUUUAAACGCUUUAUGUGGAUUUCUACGAUUCUGCCUUAGAUAUCAGCCUUCAAUGACUUUUUUACAUCCAAGGAGUGAUGUAAAAGGCCAGGAAGUGCCUUUUAAACCAUCUGACCCAUUUUGGGGUGUUUUUAAACUGCUCCAAGCCUUUAAGUACCAAAAUUUUAUACUGUAUCCAUGUACACGUAUCUGUAUCUAUUAUGUGAUGCGUAAAGAAUGUUCUAGUGGCUUCUUGUUCUUAGAAAGUUUUAGAACAUCUAAAACUUACAUGUAGUAGAGUAAGUUUUAUAGCUGCCACAGCCAUUUUCUCUUCAUAUAUUCUCAUAGUUGUGUUUGUAAAUGUCAUUGAAUGUUUUAUAAGUUUGAUCUUUCUUACGUAAUAGGAAAGCCAUUGUUCUCAUUGACUUAGUGCCAAAUAUGACAAUUGCUACUCAUAGUUUUUAGCCAUUAUGUACAAUAUUAUGACUAUCGUAAUAUGAAUAAUAUGUGUUGCAGUCUUCAUUGUAGGAUUAAUUGAGUAGAAAGCUUUUGUUUUAACUAUAAAGCCGUCUUAGUUUGAUUUUAUCUGUUGAUGUUUUUGUUUUCAAAUCUAACAUUUCUGAAUUAUAAUUUAUGUUGGUAUUAUGCAAGAACAAUCAAUGACACAAAACAGGAUUUGACCGUGUCAUUACAACAAUUACUAUAGUGUUAGUAUAAGAAUAUUCCCAGUUUGUGGCAAGUACCAUGAAACAUAAAAAGAAUGCUUAGUGAGGAAAGCAGGAAAUGUUUAUGUCCAAAUUUUUAUACAGAAGUUUAUAAGUUUGGCUAUAGAAUGGAUUUAUAACUAAAAUAUUGAUGCAUCUCUUUUGAAGCAAAGAAAUAUGACUUAGUCAAAUUUUUGACGACUUCAUUCUGUGACUUCAAUAAUACACGCAGAGGUACAUUUUGUAUAUUUUAGGCACUGCAUACCCCUUGGUAGUUAAAAAGAUAGUGAGCUGAAACA